AUGAUCGAAAGUGACCCAGAGCUUUCAGCUAUGGUGCAAGAACUUUGGGACAAUGACAUCAAUCGCCUGAGACCCGGGACAGAUUAUCGAAUAUCUCUACAAGGAAAAGCACUGAACACCACUGAUGGGAGUGAAAUACCUGGCGUUCCCUUGUUCACUUAUGUGGAUGAGUCCAUCUUCAGAAAAGAGACGUUCCUGGCCUUCAUUUCUCUCCUGGAUAAUUACGAGAGUGAUGCUGGUGAACCAGAGGUUGUUACCCCAGAGGAGGAGGCAGAGAUUUACAGGUUUCUAGAUGCCGUCAUAAAGACUCCUGCAAUGAAGAUUGUCCAUAAGUAUUUAGAGAAGAAGAAUCUUUCUCCAGUGGAUGCAGAUGCAUUCAAGAAUCAGCUGUACCACAUCUGGUUUGAGCUGUAUGCCAGGAAAGGAUCCAUCAGACCAGACUCCUCAGGGUUUGAGCAUGUGUUUGUAGGUGAAACUAGAGGUGGACACACUGUUAUUGGAUUCCACAACUGGAUACAGCUGUAUCUGCAAGAGAAGCUUGGCCACAUUGACUACAAAGGUUACAGUGUACAAGUCAACUCUCCUCAGCCGGACGAGAACAAACACAUCUUGGCCCUGCAGUUCAGCUGGAAGAAUGGCAUCAAGCCCAAAGGGAGCAUCUUCAUCGGUGUGAGCCCGGAGUUUGAAUUUGCCCUGUACACCCUGUGUUUCCUUACAUCUCCCAACGAACGAGUCAAAGUAUCUUUCAGCCUGUACGAUGUGGAGAUUGUCUGCCACCACUAUAACCAAAAGCACAUAGGGACAACGUACCCUGUUUUAGUCAGAUACAGUGAGUAGGAGGAACUCUUUCUUAUGGGUUAUGAGUUUUGCCUUUUAUAUUUUUAUCUAAUAGAGAAAUAUCAACAAUAAAUAC